CUUCCAUUCUAACUUUUCUUUUCACCAGCAAAACUAACCUUCUUCUUCUUCUUCUUCACUUGAGUUCAUGCCUCAAAGAACUAUUCGCCACCGUGCUCCGGCUACCUCCGGCCGGAGAAGUAAGCCUCCGCACCAUCCAUUCCAUUCCCCCAAUCGUCGGACUCCUCCGCGCUCCUCCAACAAGUCAAAGCCUCUGAAGAUUCUGAAGCGGUGCUCAUCGGCACCCUUACUUCUCUCCGAUUCCUCCUCCAUCGCCGCCGACGGAGAUCACGAUCUCGAUUACGAUUUCCGGCACGAAAGCAUGCUUCUCCGGCCUCAAACUUUCUCUGCUGCCUUCGAGUCUUCUCCUUCCCUCUUACCUUCCUCCCCUCAGAAUCACGAGGGGUUCAGAAAAGAAGCGAAAGUGGUGGUCAGUGUGACCGUUGACGGAAGUCCAGGGCCAAUCCGAACCAUGGUUAAACUAGGGUCAAGUGUGGACGACACAAUAAAGCUUGUAGUUAACAAGUACAGUGAUGAACGCAGAACGCCAAAGAUUGAUCCUAAUGCUUCUGCUUCGUUCCAAUUGUAUGAUUCCCAUUUCAGCCUCCAAGGUUUGGACAAAUCAGAGCUCAUUGGGGAUGUAGGUAGUAGAAGCUUUUAUCUGAGGAAGAGUAACAAUGAAUCUCCUUCCGGUUCAUUUCGUUUAGAGACUGUGACUGAUCCAUCCAAACAAGGCUCUGAUCCAUCCAAACAACCACCAACACAUAAUCCAAUGUUGUUUCCUUGUUUCAAGAUUAACAAAUUUGUUAGAAGACUCUGCAGGAUCUGGAAGAUGGUGGUUUGCUCCAAAUGAAGUAAUUUCACUUACUUUUGAUUAGAUUACUUCAACUUUAAUUAGUUUGGACUCAAGCAACCAUUUUUUCUGUUGCUCGAGUAUUUAUUCUGAUUCAUUGCUUUUCUUUGGUUUUGAGUGAAUGAGCUGUAAAUAGAUGGUAGGAUAUGAGGAAUUGUGUUUCUUCUCAGUGGCAAGUCCUCAAUUGCUUAAAAUAAUGAUGCUUAGACUUGUAGCAUUCAAAGUACUAAACGGAAAGUUCAAGAAA